AUGAGCCUGCAAGUUAGUUUCAGCUCGUUGCCGAAGCCGACGCUAGGUCUUCGACUCUCUGAAUGUUCCUUCGUUUCUUCCAACAAUUGUGGAUCAUUCUUGUUUUCCACCGCUAUUAGGGAGGAAGUUGACACCGUCGCAUAUCUAUUCCAUAUCUAUAGUUUGUUCUUAACUGUAAGAUGCCAGCAGCAUAUUUUCCAAGCCACAAAGCACUUCGAUCAUCUGCAAAAUUUCUACUCAGAUGCAGCCAGUCGAGCUUAUUUCAAUCGUCAAUCUUAUCGGUCAUGCAUAGAUAGCACUGCUUAUCUUAGCACUGCUUACCUUGUCUCCGUGUCUGCUCAUAGUUCUUCCUCUCAUAUAUCCCAGAGGAGUACGACAUCAGUAGGAAAUGCUUUGUCUCAUGAACCUGAAUUGAUCGCCAAUAAUCAGAGUGGUUGGGGUUCUACAGUGGAUCGUAAACCUUUCUGGUUCAGAGAUUCACUGAAUGCUUUGAGUUGUAAACCUCCUUCGGUAAAUGGGAGUAGUCAGUUAGCUUCAUUACUCUUCUCAUCCUGCCCUAAUGGAGUAGCUACUGACAUACCCCUUGAUGGUUCUCCACGGGAAGAACUACUUGAUAGUCCUUCAAGUUCAUCUGAGGCAGACCAGAAAAAGCCAAGUAAUAGAGUGUUGAAACUACUGUCUGGAUCAUGUUAUCUGCCACACCCAGAUAAGGAGGAAACUGGUGGUGAGGAUGCUCAUUUCAUAUGGGAUGAGCAGGCGAUAGGUGUAGCAGAUGGUGUUGGUGGCUGGGCGGAUCAAGGGGUUGAUUCAGGACAAUAUUCUAGGUCACUUAUGUUACAUUCAGUAGAUGCAAUUGAAGAAGAGCCGAAAGGGUCCAUUAAUCCAUUAAAGGUGUUAGAGAAAGCCUAUGCAAGAACUAAAGAGAAAGGAUCAUCAACAGCUUGCAUUAUCGCACUUACAGAUCAGGGGAUUCAUGCAGUCAACCUUGGUGACAGUGGUUUCAUAAUAGUUAGAGAUGGUUGCACUGUAUUCAAAUCACCAGUGCAGCAACAUGAUUUCAACUUUACUUAUCAACUGGAGAGUAGCAAUGCGAGCGAUCUUCCUAGUUCUGCCCAGGUGUUCACUGUCCCAGUCGAAUCAGGCGACGUGAUUGUCACAGGGACAGAUGGUCUCUUCGAUAACCUGUACAACAAUGAGAUCACUGCCGUGGUGGUUCAUGGGAUUCGAGCUGGUUUGGAACCUCAAGUGAUGGCCCAGAAGAUUGCCGCAUUGGCUCGCCAACGAGCUCAGGAUAAGAACAGGCAAACACCAUUCUCGACUGCAGCUCAACACGCUGGAUACCGAUACUAUGGAGGCAAGCUAGAUGACAUUACUGUUCUUGUAUCCUUCAUUACUGCCUUCGGCGCUUAAAAUCGUACCCCCUAUUGCCUUGCUACUUAUUAACUUUCCAGAUUUUGUUUUUGUUUCACGUGUUUAUAUGAUGAUGAGCGAACCAUUUCGAUUA